AUGAAGGAGAGAGACACGAACAAGCAGCUUCUGCCGACGCGGGCGUCGUCGUCGUCCUCCCGCUUUGGCGGGAGAGUGGGCAGCAAUGUCGCCGUCGUGCUUCUCCUCGUCUCCCUGGGCUUCGUCCUCGGCCUCACCUCCUCCAACGCCAUGUUCCUCAAAUCUUUCUACCCCUCCUCUUUCAUGCCAUCGAUGCCAUUACUAGUGCUCUCAUCUAGCACUAGUUCUAGCUAUCCUCCUAUUUUGCCGACGCAGUCGCCGGAGCAGCCAUGGUCUUCACCACCAGCUCGGCAUGACCAACAGCAACAGUGGCUGCGGCCGCCGCCAAUGCACGACAUGGCCGACGAGGAGCUGCUGUGGAGAGCGUCCAUGGCGCCGAAGAGCCGGCGCCGUCCGCCGGAGGACGUGGUGCCGAAGAAGGUCGCGUUCAUGUUCCUGGUGAGGGGGGAGCUGCCGCUGAGGCCACUCUGGGAGAAGUUCUUCGCGGGUCAGAGAGACGACCACUACACCAUCUACGUGCACGCCCACCCGUCGUACAACUUCACCGGCUCGCCGGACUCCGUCUUCUACGGCCGCUACGUCCCGAGCGUGGCGGCCAAGUGGGGCGACGCGACGCUGGUGGAGGCGGAGCGGCGGCUGAUCGCGAACGCUCUGCUCGACGCCGGCAACGAGCGGUUCGUGCUGCUGUCGGAGGCGUGCAUCCCGGUGUACGACUUCCCCACCGUGCACGCCUACCUCACCGGCGCCAACACCAGCUUCGUCGACAGCUACGAGAACGGCGGCAGCCGGUCGCGGUACAGGGACUUCUUCGCCGGCCGCAACAUCACGCUCGCCAAGUGGCGCAAGGGCGCGCAGUGGUUCGAGAUGGACCGCGCCCUGGCCCUCGAGGUCGCCGCCGACGACGACCUCUGCUUCCCGGCGUUCCGCGACUUCUGCGUCGGCCGCCGCGAGUGCCUCAUCGACGAGCACUACCUGGCGACGCUGGUGACCCUGCUCGGCUGGGGCCCCCGCAACGCCAACCGCACGCUGACCUACGCCGACUGGACGCGGCCGGUGAACCGGCACCCGCACACGUACACGGCGGAGGAGGUGACGGAGAAGGUCAUCGGCGACAUCAGGGCGGACAGGCGGUGCUCCUACAAUGGCGCCAGGAGCGGCGGGAUCUGCAACCUGUUCGCGCGCAAGUUCGCACCGGAGACGCUGCAGCCGCUGCUGCGGUUGGCGCCAAAGGUCAUGGGCUUCGGCUAG